AUGGACGCGGCCCUGAAAGGCAGCCUGUCGACGACGGCACCAGACCCGUUCGUCGUCAUGACCCUCCCCGGCGUCAGCGUCGCCGCCGACGACUGCCGAAGGGUAGGCCUCUUGAAGGGCGAGCUGAUGCGGAGCACGGCGAGCGACGGCUCCGGCUGCUGCCGCUCGACAAAGCUUCAAAACACGCAGGAGCCGCUGUGGCCGUCGCUCUGCUGCGACUUCCCGACCGACCGCGGCCCGAUCCAGAUCACGGUCUGGGACGACGACAUCCUCACCGACGAGCUCAUCGGCGAGGCGCAGCUCGAGCCGCCCUCCGAGUUUGCCUUCUCUGGCCACUCGUCUGCCGGCCUCGCCUCGGCCGACGUCUCCUCCUCCGCCAGCGUGCAGCUCUCGGGAGGCAGCGGCCUGCCGCGGAUGGACCAGUUCAGCGCGAGCGAUUGGGUGGUGCAGACGCGGUUCGGGCAUGAGCCGUCCACCUACCGUGCGCGCUCUUUCCGCUGCGACGCCUCCCUCGUCGACGCGGCGAUCAGCAGCGUGGACGAGUCGAUCAGCAACUUAGAGGGCGCCGUCACGCAGCUGGCUCAGCUCUCCGACGGCGCCGCCUCCUCCUACUGGCCCCACUGCUGCCGCACCUUUUACGGCGUCUUCGCCGCGCCGCACUCGCUCCUCUCCUUCGAGGUCUACGACAGCGACCCCUUCUCGGACCAGCUCUGCUGCAGCGGCACCGUCCCCUUCCUCGAGGCGCUCGGCUCGGGCCCCUUCACCGUCCGCCUCUCCGGUGGCGACUCGCGCUACCUCGACGCCGUGCUGCGCUUCGCCAACCCGCCCUCCCCGCCGCCGCCCGCGCUGCCGCCCAGCCCGCCCAGCCCGCCGCCUCUCCCGCCGGCGCGCCCAGGCUCCGGCGCGUGCGCCGAGUGGCGCCGCCCCGCGACCGGCGGAGGCGAGUCCUCCCCGCGCGCCCCUCCGCGCGGCUGCUUCCUCGCCGGCCCGCCCGAGUGGGGCAGCCGGCCCGAGUGCCUCGUCGGCCCCUUCUUCGAGCUGGUCGGCGGCAGGGACGUCCUCUCGCUCCCGGACGUGCACAUGCUCCCCGCGCAGCCGGGCGGCUGGCUGUACGAGAUCGCGGCGCCCCUCUCGGGCUCCGUGCGCGUGCAGGGGCUCAACGUGAUCCGGGUCCAGUCGCUGACGCUGACGCGGAUCCGGUGCGCCUACCUCGAGCGAGAGCCGCUCGACUUGUCCACCUCGCUCCACUGGGCAGACUGGCUGACCGGCGCGGGCGCACGCGAGGCAGCGGGGGAGGCGCGGGGCUGGGGCGCCGACUCGCUGCGCGUCGGCCUCCACGUGCGCGAGAUGACCUGCACCGCCUCGCUCUCGGUGCGGCAGCCAGAGGGCCACUCCUCCAGCCCCUGCAUGCUCUCGGACCACUGCCGCCUCUUCAACUCGCUCUCGCAGAGCCUGCUCGCCGACGGAGGCCCGUUCCGCCUCUUCAACCUGCUGCGCAGGAUCGGCGCGUCCGCCCCCGCAACCGCCUCGCGACCGGCCGCCGCAGUGCUGCGGUGCGACGGGCCGGCGCUCGCCGCGACGGUCGGGGCGUUCUUCGGCGACAGCCCGCUCUCCGCGUCGGGCGAGUUUCUCGCCGUGGACGGCGCGCCGCGCACCGAGGCGGGGGCGCUGCGCCUCGAGCUCUCCGCACUCGACGUGACUGUCGGCGCGCAGUCGCUGCUCUCCGUCGGGCUCGGCUCCGAGCUCUCCGCCUUUCUCCACUUUGACUACGUCGAGGUGCGCGCCGGCAUCGACGUGGUCUGGCUCCCUGCCGCCACGCCGCUGCGCGGCAUGCCUGGCACAGAGGGCAUGCCUGGCACAGAGGGCGCGCUCGACGCGUCGCGGGCCGUGCGGGAGCGGCUCGAGCUGGUGAUGGUCGGCCGUAGCGUCUCUCUGAGCGCGCAGACGUCGCACUUGAGCAUGGAGGGCGGCGCCUCGGUGCUGGCGUGCGCCCUCUUCCGGCUCGGGCUGCAGCAGCUCGAGCUGGACGGGGAUCUCGCCGUCGAGGCGCGCUCUCUCGGCGGCGGGUGGGCAGACGACGUGUCUCGCGCCUUCAACGAGCUGGCUGGCCUCUACCUGCGCGGCUUUAGCGGCGAGGCGGUGAGCGGCUCCGUGCUGCCGCAGCUCGUCCGCAGCGCGCUCCUCUCCACGGAGCGGUGCGCCUCCGCCCGGCCGUGCGCCGCGCCACCAGAGGCUGCCGAGGGAGGCGGCCAGGAUGGGGCGGAGGAGGCGGAGGCGGCGCCGCCGCUUGGCUCGUGGAUGCAGGGGUUUGGGAUGGGGCGCAUCUUCGGGUGGGUGGUGCGCGGCGCUGUGGCCGCAGCGGGCGUGAGCGGGGUGCCGCCCAUCGUGCUCAGCAGCACAGACGGCUCCGCCUGCCGGCUUGAGCCGUCGGGCGCCUUACGCGACGGAGCAAGCUGGACCUUGGAGGAGGGCAGCACGGCGCGCUUCAGCCUCCUCCCGAACAAUGCUUCGGCUCCGGCGCUGGUGCUGACUGCUGUGGCGAUGGAGACGCGCUUGGGCGAGGCGCGCCUGGAGGCAGGGCGAGAGGACACGCUGCUGUUCGCGCUCGACCGCGCCGAAGCCAGCGCGACCGUCCAGCUCGAGCUACCUCGCCCCGGGCCUCGCAGCGGCGACCCGCGCGCCGAGCCGAACGCGUCCGCCUCAAUCACGACCUCGGCGCGCCUGCGCCUUCGCGACGUGCGCGCCGCCGUGCCAGUCCGCUUCAAGGGCGCCUCGCGGACCCGCGCGGCUCGGCCGUGGAUGUUUAGCCUCUCCGAGCUGAUCGGCGGCGCCGCGUGCGUUCACGUGCGGGCCACGGGCGAGCCCACCUUCAGCGCGACCGUCGAGGCGCUCGUGGUGCGCGAGGGCAGCGCGGCGGAGGACGUCGCACUCGAGGAGCCCAUCCCACUCGAGCUUCUGCCAGCGUGGCGGCCAUGGCUGGCCGACACCAUCAACGAGGCGGCAAAGGCGGCCGAGGCGACGGCCGGGAGCUGCCCGGACGCCUCCUUCCCCGCAGAUCUCCUCAUGGCGACCCCUCUGUGGGCAGUCGUCGUGCUGCUGCUUUUGACCGGCGGUGCCGCCGCCGCCGCGUGCGCGCUGAGGCUCCGGCGAGCCCUCUGUACUAGGCCACCGCCACGCGAAGGGUUUGUGCGCAUGCUCGGCGAGUGAGGUUUAGGGGCGCGAUCGCAUGUUGUUGUACGUUAGCCGCACCCACCCCGCCGGCCCAUCUGCUUGUACCUGUACCUGCACCGUACAUAUUCUUGUGGAC